CAGCCCACAAUGGCUACACCCACUACUAACUCUGUAACGGAUACAGUGAGCAACGGAGUUUUACACACGAAGUUAGACCGCAUCUUUAGCUCUCCCGCUGAGCCGGUAGAGCAUGUAUCUUAUUCUAUGGAAAUAGCUGCCAAAGAUGACAUCGAUAUCGGACAGCUGGAGCGGUUAACACCGCAACCCGUCUUCUGUGCCCUACCCUGGAUUUUGGACGAUAAUCUACGUUACGCCGAUGACUUCCUUCGGGCACCGACUCUGCAGUUGACGGGCCAGCUUCGCAAGGCACAGUACACCGUGGUGAAUCAUGUUUCCUGCUAUAACAUAACGGAGCAGCAGGUGGAUGGGCUUCUUUCAACUGGCAUCCAGAACCUUUUCGUCAUCCGUGGAGAUACCGUGGACGCGGGCCAGAAAUUUCAGCACUCCGCGAGUUUGGUGCAGUAUCUGAGGAGUCAACAGCAACAAUCGGACCGUCCCAAACUAACGAUCGGUGUCGGAGGCUAUCCGUACGGUCACCAUCAGUCACCUUCAAAGACGGAAGAGUUACGUUAUUUAAAGGAAAAGAUUGACCACGGUGUUGACUUUCUGCUCACCCAAACAUUGUACGAUGCGGAGUCCUUCCUUCGCUACCGCCAACAGUGUAGGACGGCAGGGAUCAACAUUCCCGUAAUACCGGGCAUAUAUGUUCCACACUCCUACCGGCAUCUGCGGGCCAUGCUGAAACUGACUCGCAUCACACUUGCGCCGACCAUAGAUGCCGCUUUCGCGGCGCACGCCAACGAUGAUCCGGAACAGUUUGAAACAUUCGCAGUGGAACAUUUUGUUGGAGUGUUGCGGGAGCUGCUAGAAUCGAAUGCAACGUCGAGUGAUCCGAUAAAGUUGGUGCAUUUUUUCUCGUUCAACAAGUUUGCUCUGUUGCAAAAGGUGCUCCACAAGAUGAAUGACUUUUUCCAUUAG